UUUUUUUUUUUUAACGGGAACCCAGCGGUUACUUUUUAAAGUAGUGAUGCCUUUCGUCACACUUGGAGUGGGUGCGUUAUGUUAUGCUGUAGUUGGACUGAUGUAUUGCCGACCUCGGAUCGCGAUGCCCUACUUCAACUCAUCAUCGUCUGAAAAUUAACUUAACUGCGGCAAACAAAUUCCCAUUCCCAACAUCAAGUCAAAAUAACGCCUCUCAAGCGGCAGCCAUGUCAGUUAAAGUCAACGUCGGAAACCUAAGCCUCCGUAUCGGGACCGCUCCCCUGACACAAGAGGAGUUCGCGCCAUUUGGAGAUGUUGUCUCCAACCCACGACCGAGCCUUCUUCCAUCAAAACACGCAUCUGAAGGUGGUUCUCUCCCAUACAACGGCACCACUGCCAAUCAAGGAACAGCAAUUCGCUAUGCCGAUGUCAGCAAGCCUCAGGACCUCCUCUCACAGGCUCCUAGCAGCAAUGGCCGAUUGAUCAUGAGCCAAUUCGUCUGCGAAGCGAGAACUUUGGCACCUGCAAGCGAUGACGCUUCUCAGAGCGAGUUCGCCGUCAACAUUCUUGAACGACACCCAUUCACUUCUCAAACUUUUGCUCCACUGGCCUCUACCGCUUCAAGCUACUUGGUCAUCGUGGCCCCAUCUCUGCCACCAUCUCCCCAAGACGAUGGUCUACCUGUACCAAGUGGAGAGGGUCUACCCGGUAGAGGUCUCCCUGAUCUGAAGGGGUUGCGUGCGUUUGUAGCAACAGACCGCCAGGCUGUGACUUAUGCGGCUGGGACAUGGCACGCUCCAAUGGUAGCUCUUGGUAAGAAGGAGACAACUUUGGAUUUUCUGGUUGUUCAGUUCUCCUCUGGGGUUGACAUUCAAGACUGUCAGAUCGUCACAUUCGAAGGGCAAGACUCCAAGGAAUCUGACAUUAAAGUGCGCGUUCCGCGAGGCGGAAGACUAAACCAAGACACGCGAUAUUUGAGGAUCGCACAAUGCGUAACCGGACAGUGGCUGAGUAGAAAUACCAAAAUGGUAGCCCGAUUUGAAGCUGCGGAGGCUCGCAACAAGCUGGAGGAUCUCUCUGGAAUUCAGCUUGAGCCGGGUGAGAACCCAUACAACGCCCUCAUCAAAGCCUGUAAUAACGACCCUGCUGAAGUCCAAACUCUGUACUCUGUCCACCGGACAAAGAGGAACGGCCAACAAGCGGAGAAGUUUUUGUCUUCUGACUUCAAGGAACUGGUUAUUGACCAGACACUCCUGCGGCUUGAAGACCCGACUGUAGAGCCGGGAUUCCGUGACAAUAGGAACUGUUUGGUCAUCUGGGCCAGACCCCCAGACCACGUUAUACGCUUAGCCUCCAAGGUCAAUGAGUUACUCAAGAAGGCCGCACCUAGUGUCUGGCUUAUGCCUUCACAUAGGAUGCAUUUGACAACCCUCGAGGUUGCAUUCUCCAAAACACCCCAGGAGAUUGCUGCCUUUGUAACGACUCUGAGGCCAGCUAUCCCUGACAUUGUGAACUACCCAUAUCAUCACAGGUCUCGCCUUGUCAAGCCUAUGGUUUCUUAUGAUUUGUCUGCUUUUGCUCUCUCGUUCCUUCCUGCGUCAGGUGAAGCAGCACUCUCCCCUCCUCUCACCGAACCUGUUGUCACAGAGGGGAUCACGCAGGGAGACGAUUACACAUAUCACCAUCUGCGUCGCGACGUGUACGACAAGGUGCAGGAAAGCGGCGUAGUUGUUGGGUCAAGAUAUCAAGUUCCCAGUGCGCACAUCACGCUUGGACGCUAUCUGAAUCACGAUGACCAUGACACGCCAGAGAAAAGGGCAGCCUGGGUUAAGGCUAUUGAUGAGGUCAAUGCAUGGCUAGAGAAGGAGGUCUGGGAUAAUCCUGACUCCGAGUAUAAUGCUGGCGAGUGGCUAGUCGGUCAUGAGAGAGGACUGGAUGCACGAAAUGGCACACUCUGGUAUGGAGGCGGGAAGACUAUAAUGCUGGGUGAAGGGUUUUAG